UUCGAUUUAAAAAGAACAUCGGCAGUUUGUACUCAACACUUGCUCGCACACAAGCAAUUAUCGCGCAACAGUUUCGCUGUUUCAGUGAUGAAUUUUUUUUAAUUUCGAGUGAAAUUUACAACAACAAAAAAUACUUGAAUUGAUUAAAAACGUAAUUUCACAGAAGUUGCAGAUUCUCGAAUAAAAUUAAUGUUUCUACGAAUAUCUUUACUACUCUCUGGAGUAUGUUUACUCAUUUGCAAUGCUCACGUAUUGCCAGAGAUACCCAAUUGUGUGUUUGAAGACACGGUGAACUUAACCGCCAGCACUAAAUUCGCCAAUGGCUCAUACCUCUAUGAGGGACUGUUGGUGCCACCACAAUUGACUGGCGUAUAUGACUACAUCGAGUUGUAUGAUGGUGAACGUAAGCAAGUGAAGUCGCAUGUACGCGGUUGUGUGUGUCAACUGAAGAAGUGCGUGAAGUUCUGCUGUCAUCCCAGAGCAGAUAUGUACCGGUUAAGCAGAGACUCACCGUCGCUCUGUGCGGAAGAGCUGAAUGAAGAGCUUAAAUAUUCACCAUACGUAAAUGUUACGCUACACAACAGUAGUCGCGUCUUGAUGCAUGUGCUGGAUGAGUUUGUCGUGCAACAAGGGAUACCAUGCGAAGGUGGCUAUAUGCUAAUGCCACAUAUGUACGAAGAGGAUCAAUGGGAGUUGAGAGAGGAUGGCACUUUAUAUCGUCUAGCUGAUGCGGCGCUUUUAUCAAGACGUGAUUAUUGCCUGCAAUCAUAUGCAGUCGGAGACACUUAUGUACUAAAUCCAAUGAACUGUCCAGCGACAUUCGACGAACCUCCAACAAUAAUGCUGAAUUCGAUGAUUAUGUUGAUUUCAUUGCCAUUUCUCUAUAUAACUGUCCUGAUUUAUUGGUUCAUUCCGGAAUUGUGGAACUUGCAUUCCAAGUGCUUAAUAUGUUAUCUACUUUCGUUAGCGAUUGGUACGACUUUGAUUGUAGUGGUCAAUUUCCGAGGUGCUGAAUUCGAAACAGUUACUUGCGCUAUUAUUGGUUUUGUUGCCUACUAUUUUCUCUCAGCCGUCUUUUACUGGCUCAAUGUGAUAUGCUAUGAUGUUUGGCAAAAUUUCUGCCGCUCGAAGGGCAAUGUACAACAUUUGACACAACGAAAACAAUUUAUGUAUUAUUCUCUCUAUGGUUGGGGACUACCAGCGCUAAUGACCGUUAUAACUAUCGGUUUACAAUACUCCAAUCUACCAUUGAAACUAAAAUCGGGUAUCGGAUAUUCGCACUGCUGGUUGAAGAUGGAUUUUCUCUCUCGUAUAGCUCAUGACUGGUCUGCCAUGAUCUAUUUCUAUGGACCAUGCCUGCUGCUAAUCAUUUUCAACAUUAUCAUAUUCUUUUUGACCAUUAAGAAGGUAUAUAAGAUUAGAAAUGAAAUGAACACAUUGGCCGACACCAAAGACAGCAGACGAAAAUUGCGUUCGCAAACAAAGAAGUAUGUAUUAUUAUACUCCAGUAUUUGGCUCUUCUUCCGCCUCUUCACUGUCAUGGGUAUUGGUUGGCUAUUGGAGAUCAUCGGCUAUAUAGUGGGUAAUAAUAGUGAUUACACGAUUAUUUUCCAAAUCACAGAUGUCUACAACGCUGCACAGGGCCUAAUAAUAUUUGCCAUUCUAGUGUUGAAGAAGAAAGUGCUGUUGCUCAUAAAGAAAAGGAUUAUGUGCAUCAAGAGUUCGAACGCCACAGACUCUGCCGAAUCACAGUGCUCUGAAGAAGAGAUAGCCUUGCAAAGUAUAACAAACGAUGUUCCACAGAUUUUGAAAUAAGUAAAAAUAUGGUUUAUUUAAAUCGAAUGAUACUACCAUAGUGGAUACAACAAGUUGACUAAAAUCGGUAUCUUUUUAAUUAUGUAAAAAAUCUCGAAAUCCAUUGGAAACUCUCGACUGAUGUUAGGAGUUGAAAAAUUAUUAAACUAAAACUGCGUAUUUAUUCACACUUAAUUUCGUAAGCACUCAAUACAUAUAUAUAUGUAUGUAUGUAUUUAUUUUUAAGUUACGCUUAUAUUCCGUACAUAUGUAUACGCCAUAUAGUAUGGUCAUUGCUGUGACCUGUUGUACGCGUCCGUUAUCAAGCCAACAUUUUUGAACAGCGACUGUGAUAGCAACAGCGACAGAAUAAUACUUGAAAACUCGCAUAAAUAAUAAAUAAAAAAAAAAAAACAAAAAUUAACAAAA